CUCAAAGCUCUCAGACAUGAAUGAGUUCAUAGAAGAGAUACAAGAUGCCUCAGGAGCAGCUGGACACUCUCUGCUAUAAAAUAAGAGAAGGACUGCCUAAAUGGAGGGAUAUUUUCACAUGGCAACUGUUCAAAAUUCUGCUGAUGGGACAAGGCCUCUCAGCACUGAUCUGCGGGACUGCUGUAACAUCUCAGUAUCUGGCGUCCGUUUACUAUCUGAAUACUCCCAUGCUGCAGAGCUUCAUUAAUUACGCCCUACUGGGCAUUACUUACACCAUGGCACUGAUCUUCAGAAGAGGUGAUGGCAAUAUUUUGCAGAUAUUAAAGACAAAAUGGUGGAAGUAUCUAUUAUUGGGACUGACAGAUGUGGAGGCAAAUUACGCAGUGGUGAAAGCAUAUCAGUACACCACAUUAACCAGCAUACAGCUGCUGGACUGCUUUAUUAUUCCGGUUUUGAUGAUCUUGUCCUGGUUCUUCCUGAAGACCCGCUAUAGGAUCAUUCACUACGCAGCUGUAUGUAUUUGUCUGGCCGGGGUAGGAGCCAUGGUGGGAGCGGACAUCCUCGCUGGCCAGGAACAGGGAUCUUCAAGUGACAUUCUCCUCGGUGAUGGUCUGGUCCUACUCAGCGCCACUCUGUAUGCCGUCUCCAAUGUGUGCCAGGAAUACACAGUGAAGAAUCUGAGCAGGGUGGAGUUUUUGGGCAUGGUCGGCCUUUUCGGGUCAAUUAUCAGUGGAAUACAGUUAGGGAUUCUCGAACACAACGAAGUGUCUAAAAUUCAGUGGACAUGGGAAAUCGCUCUUAUCUUAGCUGGAUAUGCUCUCUGUAUGUACGGCUUCUAUAGCUUCAUGCCUGUGAUUGUAAAGAUGAGCAGUGCCACAGCGGUCAAUCUGUCCUUACUCACCGGAGACCUCUUCAGCCUGUUUUGUGGGCUCUUUUUGUUCCAAUACACUUUCUCAGGACUGUAUAUCGUGUCAUUGGUGGUGAUCCUCAUUGGUUUCAUCAUGUUUAACACCGUCCCUACACUGACCCAAACUCUUGCCUUGUCGUCCGACGAGGAAGGUUGUGACAAUCACGGCGCUGAGUUUGAUAACGACAGCACUCAAGGCUGUGUGGAUGAGAUAACCUGUGCACAAGCAGAACAAGAUCAAAUCAAGAGCCAAGUGAAUGAAAGGCAGUCAGCAUGUGUCGUCAUAAACAGUGUUAAAAUGUAAUUUUGUUAAAUCCAUGGUAAAACAGACCAGGACUUUUUAGUUUUUAUUUAUUUAUUAUUAUUUUUUUUUUGUCAUAAUAUUUUAAUAGUGAAUUAUGCUGAUGAAUCAAAUGAAUGAACUGCAUUUUUGUUAUGAGGGAGUAACUCUUAAGAGUCUGACAGAUGUUCUUAUCUCAUGACAUUUUAUGUGUUCAAACAGAUAAAUGUUAUCACUGUUGGCAAACAAACUGAUAUAUAUGGAUCUGUGGAUGCCACUGUUGUCACUUUAAACUUAUAUUUAUUGUAUAAAGAAGUGGUUUGUGAAAUUAAUAAAACACGAUAAUAAAAGAAAA